UGUGCCCAGAAGUGAGGACCACAGCCCCGUUGUCUGAGCCCAGUGUGGGCUCUCAGAGGAUCUCUCUUGCUUUGAAAGCCUAGCUCCCCGUUUUUGUGGUCCCCACCGCCUCCCAGCUACCUGUCUGCCCACUGACUUCUCUCUUAUGAAUGGCAAGGGGGCAAGGGACACCUUCACCCCCCUUAUCCUAAAUCCCAGGGGGUCACCAGUAAGUCUAGCACCCUCUUUGAUGAACCCAAGUGGACUCCCUUAAGAACCCCAGUAAAUCCCCCAGAGACCUCCACUUGUUAGCACCCUUUGGGAUCUCAGUUCUCCUGACCCUAUAGAGGGUCUGCCACCUCCCUUUCAGGACCCUGAGCCCUGAGGCACCCCUGCCUCCUAUCGCAAAUGCACAGAGGCCCUCCGCUCCCCUCUUUGGGUACCACAGACUCUGAGCCCUAGUAGGGCACCCAGGUCUCUUCUAAGAAAUCCACUUUCCCUUUUGUGAAUCGUUGGGGACCCCCCCAAACAGCCCCUUAGUACUACAGACAGCACUUGUUCGCGACCCCCAAUCUUGGAGUACUCAAUUUUUCUCUCUGAGCUUUGGGGGGCAGCACCCUAAUUUUCCUCUGUACCCCAGUUUUGCUGUAAUUCUCAGGGCUCUCUCAGCCCCUCCUCCAGACCCCCAAAGGGCCCCAGUCUGGGGAUUUGUUUGUUUUUUUCUUCCCUCUUCUAAGUCUCAGGGGUGACCUCAAUUGGACCAUUUGAGGAACCCUAAGACCUUUUCCAGUAAGUUCCGGGGGGGACCCCUUUCCCCCCAUUCUGAACACAGUGGAGACUGAGCCCCUCACCCCUUCGAGGUCCCAGGGUGCCCCCUCUGGCCCUCCCAAAACUCCUCCUUAGCCCUGCCACCUUUGAACUCUGAGCGGCCCCCAAGAUGAUGUGGUCCAACUUCUUCAUGCAAGAGGAGGACAGGCGGCGUGGGGCGGCGAGCAGGCGGCGUGGGCACCAGGGCCCAGAGCUGAGCCCAGAGCGUGAGGGGAAGAUCAAGCUGUCCCUGCUGCUGGCCGCUGUGGGCGCCACGCUGGCUGUGCUGGCCGUGGGCACCGAGUUCUGGGUGGAACUCAACACUUACAAGGUCAACGGCAGUGCUGUCUGCGAUGCGGCCCAUCUGGGGCUAUGGAAGGUGUGCACCAAGCGCCUGUGGCAGGCUGACGUGCCCGCGGGCAGAGACACCUGCGGCCCUGCGGAGCUGCCCGGAGGAGCAAACUGCACCUACUUUAAAUUCUUCACCACGAGGCAGAAUGCACACAUCUUCCAGAGAACCACAAGGAAAGAGAUUCAUCUGGCGGCUGCAGUAGUAGCGGUGCUGGGCUUGGUGGCCCUGGCCCUGGGGUGCCUCUGUAUCAUCAUGAUGCUCAGCAAAGGCGCGGAGUUCCUGCUCCGGGUGGGAGCCGUCUGUUUUGGCCUUUCAGACACCACAGGUCCUGCUGCAUAUGGUACUUACCCAGGUCCUGGAUGUCACACGUCAGGGGACCCGGGGGCGGCUGCAGGCAAGAGCGAGGGCACCUUAGAAGACAGGCGUUGA